AUGGAGCUCGGCGAGCGCUGGCUGCUGGAUGCGCUGGCCGGCCUGCUGGGCGUCUUCGGCUGCCUGGUCUUGGUGCUGGGUGGGCAGGUGGUGGGCUCGCCCUACGGCCGCUAUUCGUCUCAGUGGAUGGGCUGGCGCUUGCCGGCGCGGCCGGCCUGGGUGCUGCAGGAGCUCCCUUCGCUGGUCCUACCACUGCUGGAGUGCGCUCGGGGUGACGGCCACCUGCGCUGCUGGCCCAACGCUUUGCUGAUGGCCAUGUUCCUCGUGCACUACGCGCACCGGAGCUUGAUCUUCCCAUUUCUGAUUCGAAGCGGUACACCAAUGCCAUCCUACACGUGUGCAUUGGCCUUCGUUUUCUGCGCCUGUAACGGCUACCUGCAAAGCAGGUACCUGAGCCGGUAUGCGGAGUAUGCUGAAGACUGGGUGACCGACCCGCGCUUCCUGACCGGCUUUGCCAUGUGGUUAGUGGGCAUGUUGAUAAACAUCCACUCAGAUCACAUCCUCAGGAACCUCAGGAAACCAGGGGAGACUGGAUACAAAAUACCGAGGG